AUGAUAUAUGUGUGUAUAUUGUUAACAUAUUGUAUAUUUAUUAGUUUAACGUGUGACAAAAAAAAAAACAGGAAGAUAAUGGGUAUUCCAGGAUUAACUGCUUAUAUAAACAAGCAUCGAUUUAAUUUUUUAGAGCACUACGAAUUACGUGAUACGUAUUUAGUAAUUGAUGGAAAUAAUAUUAAUUAUUUAUUAUAUAGAAAUUGCACACGCAAUAAUUGGACAUUUGGCGGUGAUUACGAUAUUUAUAAGCAAUAUGUAUCAGAUUUCUUUGAUGACUUAUUAAAGUGUAAUGUAACGCCCUUAGUCUUUCUUGAUGGUGCUGUUGAAAGUAAAAAAUUCAAAACUAUUAUUAGAAGAGUGAAAAGGAAACUAAAUAUAUUGCCAACUUCUGCAUUCAAAACUAAUUAUCCAGAAAUAAUUUUUCCUUUGCUAAAGCAAAAAGUUUUUAUUGAUGUAAUGGAAGAAAAAAAUGUUCGAAUUGUACAGUGUCUCUUUGAAGCUGAUGAUAUUAUAGCAUCAGUAGCAAAGAUAUUAAAUUGUCCAGUUCUUAGCCAAGAUUCAGAUUUUUAUAUAUAUGGAUCAUUAUAUAUACCAUUUGAUACAUUAAAAACUGAUGUAGUUAAAAAUUCAAAUGGAAAUGGUUAUAUUAAACUUUGUAAAAUUUAUAAGAUUGAGAAAUUAUUCAAAUAUUUUACAGGAUUAGAUCAAUCAAAGAUGAUAUUAGCUUCAAUACUACUAGGCAAUGACUAUGUAGAACCUAGUACAUUUAGAAACUUCUUCCACUAUUUAAAGUUAGAUUCAUCAAGUGUGAAUUAUUAUACCCGACAACAGUAUUGUAUCAAUAAAAUUUUGCUAUGGUUGAGUAAAUAUAGCUUGCAUGAUGCAAUCAUUGAAAUUUUAAGUAGGUUAAUUAUACCUAUGCGACAAAAAAUGUUGGAUUUAAUAGAGAUGAGUAUAAAUGGCUGUAGAGAUGAAUGUGCUGAAAUACUUAUAACUUUAGGUUUCUCAAGAGAUUAUAUUACUCAUGUAAAUACUUAUUACUUCAAUAGAAGCUUUAAAUUUGAUGGAGAUAUCAAUACAUUGACAUACAUAGAAGUUUGCGGAAGAUAUAAUGAAUCAAUUGAAGAAAAUAAGGAAGAAGAUGAUGAAAUUGAAAUAGCAAAGAUAUUUACUGAGUCUGAAUUAAUGUUUAACACUGCAACUAUUAGUGAUUUGCCUAUAUGGUUUGUAAAUGAAUUUCGUACUGCUAAAUAUCCAUCAUAUUUUCUGGAUUUAAUAAUUAAUCGUUUAUAUGUAUGCUCCAUACAAGUAGAAGAUUUUCGUUAUCCUUCAAACAUCAAAGUAAGCCUAAAAAUCCUUAGUAUCAUCAUUGAAAUUCUAAAAUUAAUGAUAGACAAUAAUAUAAAUUAUAUAAGAUACUUAAUGAGAACUGAAGAUAAAAAGAUUAUGUGCUAUAAGUUAGAGGCUACAGAAAUGAAUAUUUUUGAACUAUCUUCUUCAUUCAAUCUUAGUGAUGUCUCAUUACUUACUAAAAGAGAGAUUUUAAACUAUACUUUAGGAAUUACAGAUAUGGAUUGUAUAAAUGAACUUCCACCAAAGUGGAUAUUGUAUGUUGGAUGCAUCAAAUAUUGGAUACAUCAACAAGAAUGUCCUGUAUCUUACAAAUGUUAUUUAUAUUCUAUAUUUAUUUGUAUGUUAUUUGAUAUAGUAGAUUUCAAAAUUGGGAAAUAUAGAAGUAUAAUGGCUUUUAACAAAAAAUAUAAGCAAACAAUUGAAGCUAUAAAGCAGAAAAGAAAAGAAAGCAAUUAUAACCCAUGUUGUAUAAUAAAUAGUACAAUUCACGAAGCCUACAAUGAAAUCGUUCAUGACGACUAUGUACUAGCAGCACCAUUUUUUAUUUCACUUUUUAAGGUAGAUGAAACAUUAUAUAACACAGACAAGUUUGAUAUACAUAUAGUACACGUUUUUGGUGAGUUCCAAAGUUGUUUGAAACAUACUAUGGAUUUGAAUACACUUUUGGGAUAUCCUUAUCCACAGAUCAAAGUUGCACAUUUAUAUAAUGGUACUUUAUUGUAUAAUCUAUGUAAUAAUUUUAGAACUCACCAUAAUAUCGAAGAAUAUAUAAAUACUGUUCUACAAAUGUCUCCAAGCCUCUUAAGAUUUUUUAAUACAUUUUUAUUAAAAGUCAAACCAAUGUUUUCAUGUAUGUUUCAAAAUAAAUAAUAUUGCUCUACAAAUCUCUUAAGGAAGACAGGAAGACACUUUAAGACAUCUGAGAGCAUGAGACAGGAAAUUAAAGUACAUAUAACUAAAGAUAUAAAUAUAUAAGCUAAAUAUAUAAGAGUGGUGCAAAUGCUGGAAUAUUAAAGUAGGGAAAUAAAGGAGGGAAGCCAGUAAUUACUGGCACAAGUAAGAUAAGGAUUGAUGGAGAGGUAGAAUAGAUAUUGAUAAGAGAGUGAAAGAAGGGAAUGUGAACUUUAUGGGAUCAAAUAUGCAAGCGCAUAACAAGAAACAGUAUUAGAAAGGAAGAUUAGUACAGGAGACAUAGUUCAUGAACAAGGAAAAGAUAGGAGAGAUGUAGACUGUAGAUGCAGAAGAAAAGAAAGGAAAGAAUAAAGAGAGAGGAGGUACUUAGUUAAAUAGGUAAAUUAGACAAUUAGCUCUAGUAGCAUUCGUUCUAUAGAGUAAGUAAUGGGUAAGUAAUGAAGUAAGUAAUGGAGCUACCAAAAAUGGAUUAAGCGGAAAAGAUGUCGGGGGAAGGUAGAAUGAAUCACCUUUAGCACUAAAUUUACAAGGACUUCAUGUAUACAUAUUCCUACUAUGACCGGUCUUUAAAACAAUUUGUAUUUUUUAAUAUAGAAUGAAGAUAAUAGCCAGUUUGAUAGUAAAAAAAAAUAGUUUUAAAAAUUAUUAAAAAUAGUAUUAAAAAAUAUUAGUAAUUGAAAUAAAAAUUCUUGUUUCGAAAUUCCUUCUCCUGUGAUUUCUUUAUUUAAAAUCCAUGCAUUUAUCCCGAUUAUGAUAUUGAAAAAUACUUGUAGAGGGCCAUCUCCUAGAUUUGGAUUUUACAGUGAAAUAAAUGCAUAUAAUUUUGCAGUAGAUAGAUCCCAUUUAAUUCCCAACACUCGAAAUGCCUCUGUUUCCUUCCGCUUUCAGUUUCAGAAUUGAGUUUUCGAGAGACUACUAUUAAAAAAAAAUAUAAAUCGUUUAACCAGUCAAAUGACCAGUCGUGAUAGGUAAGACGGAUUACAUAUUAUUCUCACAAAACACACAAUAAGAAAAGAAGUGAAUAUUAAAAAAUUCAUUGUACGUAUAUUAUAAGAAAAGUCGUGAAGCUAAAUGGCAGUGCAAUAACGUUGUAUAUAAAAAAUUCUAAACGAAAUUUAAAAAACGAUCAUUUAAGUGGUCACAGUAGGUUUAGUGUUAGCCAUCCCAAAAGCUGGUCUUCAUCUGAAGAAAGCUAUGCUCUGUGUUUGGUGGAACUAGAAAGGAAUCCUAUAUUACAAGCUUCUACCAAACAACCAGACGAUAAAUUCGGAAAGGUAUUGUUCGCAAUUAGACGAAUUAAAGACAACAAUUGAACAAAAACGUCCAGAACUAGUGAAUCGGAAGAACGUCGUGUUUCAUCAGAGCAAUGCGAGACCUCAUGUGUCUUUAACUAUUCGACAAAAGCUAUUGGAGCUUGGUUGGAAUGUGCUACCCCACCUACCGUAUUCACCAGAAAUUGCCAAAACUUUAACUCUUUGGUCGACGUAAGAAAUCAUAUUGAAAAGUUUUUCGUCGAAAAAUCUGACAAGUUCUAGGAGGAUAUAAUAUUAAAGUCACGUGAAAGAUGGAGAAAGGUUGUAGAACAAAAUGAUACUUACACAAUUGUAUCUGUAUAAUUCAAUAAAUCUAUUUCGAAAUUUAAA